AUGGCUGCGCAUGUGCAGACAGGAUUCAGGAAGACGUUCACAAAACGAACCGGUUGGCGCCGGUUGAAAAUUGCAUUCAAACAAAAUUAGUGUUAAAAGUGUCGCUGAAAAGAUAAGAAGACAUGAUAAAAAACAACACGGUUUUAUUUUUUUAAUCAAAUCUUUAAACGGUGUUGUUCACAUUUUUCCACGGUGACACUUUUCACUUUUCCACGGUAAAUCAACAACGACGGAGCUCUUUAGCUUAAACGGCUAUUAGCAUCAGUGGUGGACGGACUCGUGAUGGACCUGUCGACACGAAGUGCUUCAUGAACAUUUUUAUGGACUGACUUUCAGACGCUCUAAAGGCUGAUUAUUUUUGAAGAAUGAACUACACAACGAUCAAUGGACGACUGCUCGGAGUGCACCUCCUCACGUCAGCUCCUGCAGCCACACACAGCCAGUGUAUCGGCUCACAUCACCACUCCGACAACAGAGGGGUGAGGAGAGGAGAGAGAGAGAGAGAAGGGGGAGAGAGAGAGAGAGGGACCGUCAUCCCUCUGUAUGCGCAGGUUUUCCGGCGUGGCGUGUGUCUUUGCGUGGAGCGUGUGUGCGCGCACUCGCAGCCCCGAGUCAGUUGCAGAGACGCAGCCCGUAAGUUCAGCAGAGGAGCUUUUUAAGAACCGCAGCUUUCCAGGUACCAACUGGUGAAGAGAGGACGGAACGGAGACUGCAGACCCAGCUGCCGGACUCACCGACUCUCCUCGACAGCGCAGCCUGCAGGAUUCGCCUCAAACUUCCAAAAUUAUUUUUUAAGUUGAAAUUAGAGUUUUUUAACGCAGUACUUCUGCAAAGUACUGUCUCUCUUUUUUUGUGGCUAUGGUUCUCUCAUCGCUCCACUGUGCACUUUUUGUGUGCGCCUUCUUCCAGCUGUUCCCUCUGCCCGGCGGACAGGUGCCAAACUGCCAGGAGGUGCGCACCAUGUUCCAGGCUCUGCACCCGGGAUCCAAGUGGGUCCCCGAGUCCCCGGUGUCAGGUUCAGAUCCGCAGGUUUGCCAAACCAAAGGUCCUACCUGCUGUUCCAAGAAGAUGGAGGAGCGUUAUCAAGUGGCCGCGCGCAGCAACAUGGAGUCGGGUCUGCAGGUCAUCAGUGCUCAGCUCAAACGGCUCAUCAUCCAGAACGCUGCCAUAUUCCAAGAGGCCUUUGACCUGGUCCUGCGUCACGGCCGUAACUCCACCCUGACCAUGCUGAAGUCGGAGUUCCCGAGCCUGGGCAGCGGAGCCCAGAGCUCCGUCGGUCAGCUCUUUCUGGACAUGGCGCACUACAUCCUGGGCUCAGAUUCAUCGGUGGACCACAUGGUGACGACGCUGUACGCGCGCCUCUUCCCCCUCGCAUACCGCCGCCUUCUGGGAGGCAGUCUGUCCUCCGUGUCGGAGGAGUGCGUGAGAGGAGCCUGGAAAGACUCGGGAGCAUUUGGCCCGUAUCCCAAACUCAUGAUGACCCGUCUGUCCCGCUCGCUCCUGGCCACGCGGGUCUUCCUGCAGGCGCUGAAUCUGGGCAUCGAGAUCAUCAACACCACGGAUCACCUGCGGCCCGGCCGGGACUGCAGCCGGGCCCUGCUCAGGCUGUGGUACUGCCCGUACUGCCAGGGCAUGCUGGGCCCCCCCCCCCCCCCCGGCGCCUGCUCUGGGCUUCUGAGGCUUCCCUCCAUCCUCAAGUUGGCCCUGAAGCACGCCGUGAACGCACGCACUCGCCUCAGCACCAUGGUGACUGGCAUGUGUGCUCACGCUCCUCAGCGGGCCGCUCGCUCCGUGCUCGCUCCUCCUCCUCCUCCUCAGCCUCCUGCCGCCUCUGCGGUCCACACCUCCCAGCCCUCGUCCUCAGAUCCCGAUGAGACUCUGGCCGGCCUUCGCAGGGAGUUCAUUUCCAACCUCAGGGGCUUCAGCUCCUUCUACAGUGGUCUGGGAGAAGCGUUGUGUAGCCGAGAGCCCCUAGCAGCCAACGACUCCCUCUGCUGGAAUGGGCAGGAGAUGACGGACAAGUUUUCUGGACCGUGCCUGAAGAGACUACACCCGGGUUCUGAGUCCAAAGGAAACAAACCUCCAGAACCCGUCAUCAGCCAGAUCAUAGACAAACUCAAACACAUGAACCAGUUGCUGCGGCUGGUGACGCUGUCCGAAAAGCGCUGGAGAGCCCGGGCCCGCGAAGCCGAUGGGCGGAGUGACGACGUGGAAGGGUUCCACAGCGGGGACUGUGACGACGAGGACGAGUGCACCGGGGUCUCCGGGCUGGGGCCCCCACCCAGACGCAAACGGUUACGGGUGUUUUCAGAUCUCGCCGACAACCUGCCCGUGGACGACUUCACCUUCCAGGAGCAGCUGCUGACGCCUGGGUUGUCCACAGCCGGCGUCGGCGGCGUCUCCUCUCCUGCCGCUCCUCUGUGGAGGAGCAGCCGUGUGCUCUCCCUGACGCUCCUGCUGCUCCUGCCUGGUCCCCACUGACUGCUGCUCCCUGAGACUGUACCCAGGGGUUCAGAACAACGUCGGGGGUGUGUGGGAUUCUUACGUUGGUUGGUUUGUAAAAUAUGGCCUAAACGGCCGAAUUUCUUUUCUUUCUUUUUUUCAGUUUUCUCAACUUUUUUUUUUGAAUGCUUUAACCUGGGAAAGGUUUGGGAGAGAAGAACAAACCACCAGUUAUGACUCAACUGUUUACAGCGUCCCAUUCACCUGAUCCCAGAUCUGUGGACAUGAAGACCAAGCUGGGAUGUGAUUGGUCUGCGCUGGUCCUGGUGACCACGCAAAGGUUGGGCUUAUAAAGUCCAGAAUCGAACCCACAACCCUCCAAGGUGUAAGACCAAGGCAUUAACCACUGAGCUCCAGUGACCUUUGACCCUGAGACUAAAACAAAAGAGAGAAAAAAAGUCCAAUAUUGUAAAUAGAACUCUCUGCUCCAUUAUUACUGCGAUGCUUACAAACUGGAACAAACUUUAGUCCCAACAGUCACUGGUCUUUUCACACAGACUUCUCUUCUUUUUUCUUCUUCUUCUCCUUCUUUCUC